AUGUUCAAUCUCUAUUCCUUGUGUAGGGUACCAUUUCUGCGUUCCCAUUUAGUACCCUUUCGUGCACCGCUGAUUCCCAGGACGAUUCGACGUCUCAGUGCUGCACCAGGCUCGCAGGAAGGAAUCCAGGUAGCUCACGCGCAGUUCCUAGCUGGAGCGCCGGCAAACACAAAAUGGGAGAAUGGCGAUGUAGCAGACGAACUGGAGGGUGUAUCGCCUGGGUCGGGUAAGCGUGUUCUUCAUCAAAGCUGGGGAUUAUCGUGCUUACAGUCUUUAGGGAAACUUUUGCCGACUUCUUCACACCUUUUCAAGCUCAUCAUUCCAAUUCCAAACUCAAAUAAACCGCCCACCGUUAUUCUACUGCACCCCGCCCAACCUCUUUCCCACGUUAGCCGGCUCAUUCUAAGCUCCCUCACCGAGUCCGACUCAAUACCUGCUCGAAUAAGCUUCCAAAGCUUCGCGGCCGUGUCCAAGCGCCCCUACCAAUGGUCAGACUCAACCGACAUCGGAGAUUUUAUCCGUGAUGCAGCACGUUCAGCCAAGUUCCGGAUAUGCUUCACCAACGACGAAGGGAAAGAAACAAGCGCUAUCUCCGUGCGUGUCCCGACCUUUGCAGACCGCACAGUCUUCCUUCGCCGUAGGCUGGCUAUUAUCAACGCACAACUAGAAUCUAUGCAUGAAAUUAAACGGACGUGCGACAAGGAAGCCCAUCGUGGUGCGAAGCGUAUGGCGAUUGGGGGAUUCGGGAUGCUCGUGGCGUAUUGGGGCAUCGUUGCGCGUCUGACAUUCUGGGAUUAUGGAUGGGACGUGAUGGAACCUGUAACGUACUUGUCGGGGCUGUCGACGGUGAUUUGCGGGUACUUGUGGUUUUUGUAUCGAGGAAGGGAGGUUUCGUAUUCGUCAGUGCUGGACAGCUCAAUAUCGACGCGCCGGGAGGCCUUGUACAAAGCGCAUGGUUUGGAUAUCGAUAGGUGGCUGGAUCUUGUUUCGGAAAAGAAAGGGCUGGUCAAGGAGAUUGGUCGUAUCGCGGAGGAUUACGAGGGGAAGGAUGAUGAACCGAAAAAGGAGGACAUUGAGGAGGAUGAAGAGGAUACCAAGGACCACGAUACGAAAUCGCAUAAAGCAAGCUAG